AUGUCGUUAGCAAAUAAUUAUCAUUCGCACAAACCGAAUGUUCCGAUUAUUAUGGAAGAUGUGUUCGGUUGGGUGCGCGAGGGAAAUACGUUUCAAGUGAGGGUUUGGUUGGACGAUACUGAGCACGAUCUUAAUAUUGGUGACGACCAUGCAUUUUCAUUACUGCACUGGGCUUCGAAAGAAGGUCAUUUGCCAAUAGUGGAGUUGUUAUUGGCUCGUGGUGCUCGAGUGAACUCAACGAAUAUGGGUGAUGAUACAAGUCUACAUCUCGCUGCUGCACACGGACAUCGUGAAAUUGUUGUGAAAUUGUUGGCGCGGAAGGCUGAUGUGAAUGCAACAAAUGAACACGGAAUGACGCCGUUGCAUUACGCCUGCUUUUGGGGUUAUGUUCAGAUCGGUGAAGAUCUGAUUCAAUGUGGUGCACUGGUUGGCGCGUGCAACAGAAGAGGACAGACACCGUUAGAUGUCUGUCAGCCUCAAGCUCGCAACUCAAUAAUUGAGAUUGCGCGUGAACACGGACAGAACGAGAGUGAUCGAAUUCCGUUCAGAGAUCAGACUUGGAAAGGAACAAAGAGUCGUACGAGAGAUGCGACUUUAUCUCGAUACACCGGUGUGGACGUGUCAUCGUUGAGUUUGAACGCGAAACUCGCAGAAUCACAUAGCGGCGAGUUAUGGCGUGGUAAGUGGCAAGGGAAUGAUAUCGUUGCACGAUUGCUGGCCAUCAACGAAGUUACACCGCGCAUCAGUCGCGACUUCCAGAGUGAAUUCCCCGCGUUGAGGAUUUUCGCGCACGCAAAUGUAUGUCCAGUGGUGGCAUGUUGUAAUCAGCCACCGAAUUUAAUAGUAAUAAGUCAAUUGAUGCCGUAUGGAUCCUUGUAUAACUUCCUCCACGAACAGACUGAAGUUGUAAUCGACCAAGCACAAGCGACCAAAUUCGCAUUGGAUAUUGCAAGAGGGAUGUCAUUUCUGCAUACGCUCGAUCCACUGAUCCUUAGAUAUUAUCUCAGCUCAAAACACGUCGUUAUUGAUGAGGAUCUGUCCGCAAAAAUUUCAAUGGCCGAUACCAAGUUUAGUUUUCAAGAAGUUGGUCGACUGUAUUCACCGGCUUGGAUGUCACCAGAAGCCUUACAACGUUCGCCCACUGAACUGAACAUUCGAGCCGCCGAUAUGUGGAGUUUCGGUAUUUUAUUAUGGGAGUUGAGCACCCGAGAAGUGCCCUUCUCGGAUUUAUCACCUAUGGAAACUGGAAUGAAGGUUGCGCUCGAAGGUUUACGAGUACCCUUCCCACCGGGAAUAUCACGAAAUAUGCGACGUCUGAUGAAUAUCUGUUUAAACGAAGAUCCGGGUCGAAGGCCAAACUUCGAUCAAGUAAUACCGAUUCUUGAAAAAAUGGUUCAGUCAUAA